GAUUGGCAUGCUAUAACACUUCCCUUCUUCUUAUAAUCUACCUACCUUUCUCCUCUUCUCUCACCCACACUUUCAACCUACCCCUCUUCCCCCUUUUUCUUUAUUAUUUAUAUCAAUCUAUACUUUUAAUAUUAUUCCCUAUUUUUUAAUAUACUAAACACAUACACACACAAAAAAAAGAAAAAAAAAUUAGCUCCUCCUUAGUUCAAGAAACAUGAUCUCCUUAGCUUCAUCACCCGAACCACCAAAACAAGAACUCUCUUCUUCUCAAAAACAAACUCCGUCCUCACCGGAAACUCAUAUUUUCCGCUCUAAAUUGCCUGACAUUUCCAUUUCUAACCACCUUCCUCUCCACACUUAUUGCUUUGAAAAUCUCUCAAGUUUAUCGGACAGACCAUGUCUGAUCUCAGGUUCAACCGGCAAAACCUACUCGUUUUCAGAAACCUAUCUCAUUUCUCAAAAAACCGCUGCCGGAUUAGCCAAAUUAGGUAUCAAGAAAGGCGACGUGAUCAUGAUCCUCCUUCAAAACUGCCCGGAAUUUGUCUUCUCUUUCAUGGGAGCCUCCAUGAUCGGUGCAGUUACUACCACCGCUAAUCCAUUUUAUACCUCUAAUGAAAUUUUCAAGCAGUUAAAUUCUUCCCGCGCUAAACUUAUUAUUACGCAGUCUCUUUACGUAGACAAACUAAGAGAAACCGCCGAAAACCAACCGAAAAUCGGCGAAGAUUUUAGGGUUAUCACCGUCGAUGAGCCGCCGGAAAACUGUCUGCAUUUCACUGUAUUGUCUGAGGCAAAUGAGGCGGAGAUUCCGAAUGUAUUAAUCGAUAUCGACGAUCCGGUAGCGUUACCGUUCUCUUCAGGAACUACAGGGUUACCUAAGGGUGUGAUUUUAACGCACAAAAGCUUGAUUACAAGCGUAGCUCAGCAAGUUGACGGCGAAAAUCCGAACUUAUAUAUAAAAGAAGAGGACGUUGUGCUAUGUGUUUUGCCUCUGUUUCAUAUCUAUUCGUUGAACAGUGUGCUGCUGUGUUCGUUGAGAGGUGGCGCCGCCGUGUUGUUGAUGCAUAAAUUUGAGAUCGGGGCAUUGUUAGAGCUGAUUCAGAAGCAUAAAGUGUCGGUAGCUGCGGUGGUUCCGCCGCUGGUUUUGGCGUUGGCUAAGAAUCCGCUGGUGGCGGAGUUUGACCUGAGUUCUAUUAGGGUGGUGUUGUCUGGAGCGGCGCCGCUUGGGAAGGAGCUGGAGGAUGCUCUCCGGAGUCGAGUGCCUCAGGCUAUUUUAGGACAGGGAUAUGGAAUGACAGAGGCAGGGCCAGUGCUAUCAAUGUCCUUAGGGUUUGCAAAACAACCAUUACCAACCAAGUCAGGAUCAUGUGGCACAGUGGUCCGAAAUGCCGAGCUCAAGGUCAUCGACCCUGAAACCGGUUCCUCCCUUGGAUUCAACCAGCCCGGCGAAAUCUGCAUAAGAGGACAGCAAAUUAUGAAAGGAUAUCUGAAUGACCCCGAAGCCACUGCAAACACCAUAGAUGUGGAAGGCUGGCUGCAUACUGGAGACAUUGGUUAUGUUGACGAUGAUAAUGAGAUUUUCAUCGUUGACAGAGUUAAGGAAAUCAUCAAAUUCAAAGGCUUCCAGGUGCCACCAGCAGAGCUCGAGGCGCUCCUUUUAAGUCACCCAUCAAUUGCAGAUGCAGCUGUCGUCCCGCAAAAAGACGAAGGUGCUGGUGAAGUUCCGGUUGCAUUUGUGGUUCGAUCAAACGGGUUUGAACUCAGUGAAGAAGCUGUUAAAGAAUACAUAUCAAAACAGGUGGUAUUCUACAAGAAAUUACACAAAGUGUAUUUUGUUCAUGCAAUUCCAAAGUCUCCCUCUGGAAAGAUAUUAAGAAAAGAUCUAAGAGCUAAGCUAGCCACAGCCUCUAUGUUGUCUUAAGAUUUUUCAGAUGAAUUUCUUCUUAUUAUGUAAGCAUUGUACUCUGUGUUCAAUUGGUAUUAACUUGUGCAUCAAUUCAUGAAAUUUCUGAAUUUUUCUCCUUUUCA